AUGAAAGCUUACGAAUUUGAGGUUGACAAUAAGAGAAAUAUUUAAAGAGAAGAGCUUUUUAUUUUGACAAUAGUUGAAAGAGUAUUAGCAGGGCAUCUACAAUCAAUUUCAUUUGUGGAUUAAGCUUAAUUUUGUGAAUUAUUAACCAAAAGGUAAACUGAAAAAAAAGUUAUCUAACCUUUGCACAUUUAGAUUUUAGGAACAGUAAGAAAAAAUCUGAUAAAAAAUUAAACACCAUAUCUUGAGAAAAAAGUGCCAUAUGAGAUAAGGACUGUAGCUUCAUCAUCAAUAGAUAUGAGAAGGAACUACAUUAAUACAUUUAGCAAUAGAAAUUUAAAUAACAAAGAAUAAUAAACCACAGAGAUAGAUCCUUAAUUUAUUGGAUAACAAUAAUCAAAUAAGAAUGGCAACUUGAAAUUAGAUAAAAUUUACAAUAGUGGUUUUGCGAAGUAUCACACAAAUAGAAGUUAAUAAUAGAAUGAUUCAUCAGCUCGUUGCAUUAAUCCCUUUUAAUUAAAUAGUCCUAAUAGUACACAAGCAGAAAAUAUUAUGAAAGAAUUUCCAUCUCUAAAAUAGUCAACAAUCAAUGAAAAUAUUCAAGUUCCUAAAAAUGAGAUGGCCAUUAUUAAUAUAGUAAGUUAAGAUGGAGAAAUAGAACAAUAAGAAGACUUUAUUAUUAAAAAUACUAAUAACAAUAACAAUAUAGAUAAAGAAAAGAAAGAUGAUAAUAAAAUUGAUGAUAACUCAAAAAAAAUUCAUUAAGAAUUUUAAUCGAACCAGAAUGAUUAAUAAAUUGUAAAAUUUGAAAAGUAGGAUAGUAAUAAUAUAUAAUAAUCAUAAUAAUUAUAAAGUCACUCCAAAAAAUAAUAAUAAAAUUUGCCUAUGGGAAGUGAUUCCAGUAAAAUGGAUCUCAAAGAAAAGUUAUAAAAAUAUUAUAGCAAUGAUGAAGAUUUUAGCACUUAAAGAAAACCUAUGACUUAAAGUGAUAGAUUAAAAAAUAUUAAUUAUGGAAUGGAUCCUAAUAUAAAAGAUAUCAAAACAGAAAAUUAACAGUAAAUUGUAUAAAGUGCUAAAUUUUUAGAUAAUGAUAAAAAAUCAAAUAAAAUGUAAUAAAAAUCUUAGUAGGCUAAAUUUUCAUUUAUUCCUGGUAAAACAUAGGAGAUUGUAUCGUCUACAAGCAAUUUUAAUAUAAAUUAAAUAAGUCCAAAGAAAAGUUUAGAAGAAAUACAUCCAUAAAGUAAUUUUCUGUCUCCUCCUUAAUCAGCUAGAUCUGUGAUUUCUGCAAAAUCAACAAAAACAAAACUCAAAACACUUUAAUCAAAUGAUUAAAAAUUAAUUGAUCAAUAAAUAUUUUAGGAAUAAUAAAAUGAAAAUUCAAUUUCAAAAGAAGAGUCAUAAAUCUCCUUAUUAGAAUAAUCAUUACAUUCAAAUAUGUAAAAUAAUCAUCAUCAACAUUCAAAUUCAUUGAGACCAGCCACUACACACAUUGAAGCAUAUAAAUAAUAAGAUUAUCCUUUAUUUUAAACUUAAGAUAAUUUAGAUUAAAUGAAAAAAUCUACUCAAAAACUAUUAUAAUAAUAAACAAGCAUUACUUCUAUCAUGCAUGAUGAAGAAAACUUUUAAAGUAAUCAAACUUUUACUUAACAAAUUAAUAUAUAAGUUAAUUAAUGUGAACCAAAUCAACAUAUGAAUAAUAUAAUUUUAGAAGAAUCAAUAGAAGGCUCACCUAAUUAAAAGGUCCAAAAUUAUUAAAAUUCUAUAGCUUCUUUUUCCCUCUUAAGAUUGGAAGAUUAAAAACAAUUUCCUACUUAAACUUAUCUUUAAUAAAAAUAACCAUUAUCUCCACGUAAUGGAUAUAUUCCUUCAAAUUCAUAUAUUCCUACAUCUAGUAUUAUACCAGGUACUUAAUCAUAAUAAAAAAUGCUUAUUCCUGUUAAUAAUACUUAGAGCAGCAUUAAACAUAAUAGGGCUAAUAAUAAAUCUAGAUCUCAAAUCAAAGAUUCAAUUUAACAAUAAUAACAAAGAUCUGAAGAUAGUUAACCUGAAAGUAAAUUGACUAUUGAAUCUUCCUAAGGUGAUAAAUCCAAUAGAUCUAAAAUUGUGAAAAAUGCAAAAUAAUUAAAAUUACCGGCUGCUGCAGUUGCAUUAAAUUUUGCGAGGAGAAAAUCAUCUAAUUAGAUAUCUCCUAUGGAUGUAAGAGUUUUAAUUAUAUCAUAUUUUAGCCUAAAAAGCUUGAGUAACAAGAAAAAGAAAAAUAAAGAUAAAUUGAAUAUUAAAAGCAAGUUGAAAAAAUGAAAUAUGAAAGAGAGCUGAUGGAAUAAUUUAAAAUUCCAGAUGAUAUGCCCUUAUUAUAAAAAAGAGCAAUUAUUGAAUAAUUAAUGAAAUAGUUAGAGUUUAAUCCUGAUUAGGAUGCUAAAUAUCAGAUAAUGCUAUGUAUAACAAUUUUAUAUUUACUAGAUAAAUAAAGAUAAGAAUAAAUUUAAAACGCUUCUAAAAUUGAACUAACUUUUAACAAAAACGCUUCAAAUUGCUAUGAAGAGAUAUCACAUAUAUCAGAACACAAAUUAAAAUUAUUAGGAAAAGAUGUUGACCCAUCAAAGAUUUAAUUUUUAAAAUUUGAAGAUUAAUUAUGUACUAAUUUACAUGGAUAAUCAAAAUCCUUUACGUAAGAUUUAAAUUCACCAGUUAAAAAAAACUUAAAAUUUUUUAGUAAAUUAGAUCCAGUUGAAAUUGAAAAUCAAAUGAAUAGAAUGAAAGAAUUUAAAUAAGAAGCUGAAAUAUUAAAAUUAUUUUCUUCUUUCAAUAGUCAAUAUGAAAAAGAAGUACAAUUUAUUUUUAAAAAGGUUAAUUAAUGUGAUUUAGAUUACCCUACACAAAAAGAUCGAUACCUUUCGAUGGAUUUUCAAAGAGGAUUUUUACCCAAAGCAAUUCAUAGACGUAGAAAAGCAAAGAAGAAGAGCACAAAGAUAGUUAUUAACACUUAUAGAAUGGAUCCAAAAAAAAUAGACUAGGUCUUAGCUUAAACUGAAAAAAUUAAAUAAGUUGGAUAAUUUUUAUUGUGA